UUAUAAUCAUGUGACGAACUACUGUGUUCGUCACGAGGGCUACUACGCGAAUGAGCACGCGGCGUGGGGAGACUACCGCAACAGGCGUCUUUAUCAGCGCUUCCGGUUGAGUCGGACCAACUUCCGGGAUGCCGGCAAUCACAACUUUUAGCUGUCAAGAUGGCGCACAGCCUGGCGGAGUUGGACGUUCCCCUGGACGCUGACCACGCCAGGGACCGGGAGAAAGGUGGGCUGAGGCGCUGCAGGGGACGGCCCCGGCUCACGGACUCCGACCGAGCGCAGAGGCGCCUUGAAUCCAGAAAGAAGUACGACGUGAGGAGGGUGUACCUGGGAGAGUCGCACAAGCUGUGGAGUGAGCUCCGCAGGAGGACCAGUCUGAGUGACGCCGGACUGGCCGAGUACCUGGUCCUGCUCAACACCACCUACGGAGAGAAGUACCAGCAGAAGUACUGCGGGAAGAAGGCUGCUCCAGAAGAAGAGACAAAAGGCAGGAAGGAGCGUGUGUCCAGCCUCCAGGGCCUGGUGUCCUGGUACCAGGAGCACUCGCGCUCCUGCCCCCACGAGCCCCAGCUCGGCGCCCUGCAGCCCCGGGCCGCCGCGUCCGCCGCGGCGGUCUGGCGAUGCGACUCGGACCACUCGUUCGUGCAGUACCUUUUCUCGCCGGCGAGGGAGGCGAGUGACUCCGAGCACGAGGAGGGCGUGGACAGAGAGGGCGACUUCGACGAGAGCGCGGAGAAAACUGACGUGCCCGUGGCCAAAGAUGUGGGCGAAAAUGCAGAUGUUUUUUCUGAGGUGCAACGUGCAGCUGUGAGUCCGGUAGAACAGGCUGCAGCUCUGGACCUCCACGCCGGUAUGGAGGCUUCCUCCCUGGAUCACCCGCUGGCGGGACAGCCCGUCUGGGAGAUGGAGAUGGUCAUCGAGCGGAAGCGAGGCUCCCCAGCAGAAGCCUUUCACUCCAUCUCCUCGGAGGAGGAGCCUGAGGAGGGGGAGGAAGGGGGGGAGGAGGACCUGAAGGAGCCUGAGGAUCUGCGGCAAGGCAGAGGUGGCGAAGAAGAGGUCGGGGCCGCGGUGCCCGGAUACGAAAGCGUUCCCGUGGCGGCGGCCCUCGCUGACGGACUGGGGAAGGCGGACGAGGACCCGCCGCUGUCGCACUCAGCCGGACUGGGAGCUCAGCCGGCGCCGCCGGUCACGCCGCCCAUGCAGGUGGAGGAGCAGAGCGAGCUGUUCGACCCUCACACUCUGCAGACGGUGGUGACCAGCUGCGAGAUCCCCGACCAGAGGACCACCUUGGAAGGCUCACAGUUGAUCCUCAUCACAGGGCCCAGCUACGAGGCCCUGGCGUCAGAGGGCAUCCAGCUCAAUAUGGGCGGCACAAGCGUGGAAGAAGUCACCUGCACCGUCAUCGGGGGCGUCGCCUACAACCAGGCGUCUGAGUCGAAGCUCAAUGCGGCAGAGGACGAGGACUCCAUGACAGGCUUGAGCGACAAACGGCUGCUGCAGCCCAUCGAUGACGCUCUGGAGAUGAGCAGCGACAGAGAGCUGCAGCGGAGUCUGAGCGGCCUCCGGUCAAAGAGAAACCGGCGCGGCCCGGUCAUCGAGGCGGACGGGAUGCUCAAGAUGUUCCACUGUCCGUACGAGGGCUGCAGCCAGGUGUACGUCGCCAUCAGCAGCUUCCAGAAUCACGUCAACCUGGUUCACCGGAAAGGGAGGACCAAGGUGUGCCCCCAUGCGGGCUGCGGGAAGAAGUUCUACCUGUCCAACCACCUGCAUCGCCACAUGAUCAUCCACUCAGGGGUCCGAGAUUUCAUCUGCGAGACUUGCGGGAAGUCCUUCAAGCGUAAGAAUCACCUGGAGGUCCACCGGCGGACCCACACGGGAGAAACGCCACUGCAAUGUGAGAUCUGUGGCUACCAGUGUCGCCAGCGGGCGUCGCUGAACUGGCACAUGAAGAAGCACACGUCGGAGGCCCACUACAACUUCACCUGCGACUUCUGCGAGAAGCGCUUCGAGAAGCUGGACAGCGUGAAGUUCCACAAGCUCAAGAGCCACCCGGACAAGCAGGCGCCCUGAGGCGGCAGACAGCAGCUGUAAAACGCCGGGCGGCUUCGGCGACCCGGGGGAACCAAAGGGAAGGCUUCCCCGCCGAAGAAGACGGGACUUCCCUUCGCCGCGCUCGUCCGGCCUCUCGCGUCCAGGAGGAUGCGGACGUCGCAUCCGUGGACAAACGAGCGGGUCAAGAGUCCGACCGCUGUGCCGGACACACGCCGGUUCAGAGCACAGGGCCCCGAUGUGGGCUGAGGUCGGGGUGAGGAAACGGAUCAAACGUCUCCUGAGUUUGAAGUGGUGUGGAUGGCUCAAGGAAGAGACGCGUACGUCCUCCAUGUAUUCAGAGUUUAGACAAAAACAACGAGUCACAAGAGCCAGGAACAUUAGCAUGGCUAACUAACGAGCUCACGACCUACAGGAGUUAUUAUUAUGAGUUCUUCCUUUCACUGGCCGUUUUGUUUCACUACAUUAUGUUAUGGUGUUAAAAUGUACAUUUAGAAAGGAAAAGGCUCCGUUCACAACCAGCCGUGUAGCAACGUGGGUGGCGAGUCCAGGAUGCUACGAUUACAGCGCUACGCUAACGUUAGCUAAACUUGUUUUCUGAGUCACCAAACACGCUGGCCUUUUUUCCUUAGUAAACCGGAUAAACUCAAAUUAUGAAUUCAAAUACAGAAUAACUCGAGGGCCGUGUUUAAUGUGCUGGGUUAGCAGCUAACGGUUAGCAGGAUUACGUCAGAACAAGCUAACGGUGUUUUACGAGUAAAUUUCCCCCCGUCGUACUUAAAAUACUAUGAACCACAAGUUAUUGCUGAUACUGCCUCUCCACGUCUUCUACGUGGAGCGAGUUCGGGUGCCAGUUUUUUUUUGCUCGCGACGCAGAGUUUGUCUCGGUCGGUUCACCCCUGUGACCGUCAAGGUCAUGUGACCUUUUUACUGGUUCACUCAGUUUAAAGCGCAUAUGUCAUUGACGGCUAUCAUUUCAGGGGGGAGGGGCUUAACAAUCAGGGCUCAAGUCAAGGGAUAUUUAUUUGUUCUUGAGUCAGUGAAGGGAAGAAAAGCUAAACACUGGUAUGGUCCAUCUGAACAAUGCAGUAUGAGCUGAAUAUGACUGCUCAGUCCAUCAAUGCCCCGCCAACAAAGAGUUGUGGUGACACACCUGUGCGCUGGGUAAAUACGAGCCACAUGGAAAUGGACUCAUGGCCGUGAAAUGGACACCGUUGGGGUUUUAGCGCGUUGCGCUGCGGACGGACGCAAGUUCAGUCAUUGGAAGGUCAGCGCCGCGUUCCUCCUACAUUUACGUUUACCUCGUCCCAAUGUCCUGACUCACAGUUUCUCAGGACCCCCCCCCCCCCCCCCAGUCCUCUUCUUGUGUUUAAAGUCUUUUUUUAGUUUCUAAGCAAAUGCACUUUUUUUUCCCCUCUCCUGUCGUUUUUGUUGACUGAUGAAUCACCGCUACGUGAGAGUGAGUCGUGUUUGGAUUGUAUCUUUAGUCCUGAAAGACACGAGUGGUUAGUGUGUGUGUGUGUGUGGCAUUAAAAGCACAAGUACCACGACAUGUUGUCAUAAAAUGAUUCUUUAUGGAUUCUUUGCGUGUUGAUAUGAGUUGAAGCAGGGAAGAUGAGUAAUGAAUGAGUCAUUUGAAUGGUGGCCAUGUUUAUUGGUAUGAAAUGGAUUUUGGGUAUUUGAGGAUGUAUUAUUGUCAAACAAACCGUUCCUCUAUUCUUUGAGCCCAUGUGUCAUGUGGUGUCACCAAAUAACCAGCUGUGACUUGUCGUCACGGUUCCUCUCAUGUAAAUCCUUCUUCCCUCUUCGGCAGUCUGAGUCGGUAAUUGCCGCCUUUCACUCUCGCUGUUCCCGUUUCAUCUUUUUGUUUAGAAAUGAGUCAGAUGAAGCAACGUGUCACACUGAACUGUCAGAUGUAAAGAAGCCAAAGUCUGAGGGGUCUUCAGUCCUGGUGCCGGUCCCUCCUCCUGGAAGCUGCUGCUGUGUUCCAUUACAAUCCGAUAUAAACAUUGUUUUGGUGGA